CUCUUCCGUCCCAGUACACUCGGAUUACUAUCUCCAGAUAUCUAUAGCAACUCAAGGGACCAUGACUAUCACAGAAGGUGUAUUUGACUCUUCUCAGUUGCCAGUGGCCCCCAUCGACGACGGAAAGAGGGCAGUAAGUGCUGAAGAUCAAAGUAGUGAUCUCCCACCGUCUUAUAGCCAAGUAGCUUCUUCACCCGAGCCCAUAGGGCGGCGACCCCGAGCUACCAACUAUCUAUACAUCUCGGAACAGUACAAUUCUCUCAAGGGUUCCUAUGCCAUUGACCCCUCCAUGUCCAUCCCCGUGUCCGUCUUGCCCAAGCUCGAAGAUGGUGAGACGGAGAUGGACCGCAGGAAUCUGCGGCUGCGGGCAGAGCACGGUAGCGUCACUGCGGCUAUCCUGCUUCUGCCGCCACAGGGAGAUGAAUCAGACGACGUCAAGCGGAACCGCACGCUACUGGAAGCCUCGUCUGAACAUGGCACCGUCAACAUUCGCGUGAGGACUGCAGAUGCCGUUCCGCCGUUCCAUCUCAAGGUGCGAUCGCCGCAUGGAUCGUUGACGGUCGAGAUUCCGCGGUCGUUCCACGGCUUUCUUAGGCUCAAGAAGGAGCACAGCUCCAUCAAGCUCUCCGACGAGCUUGCCUCGGAAAGCACCCAGCUGAGUGUCGUCGAUGGCGUCAGCAUGUGGUUCGUCGGCGACUUUUCGUUGUUCAAGGGAGAGUGGGAGGGCGAUGAAGUUGAAGCGGACACGACGCACGGGAGGAUCACCGUCCGGUAUGCAGACGAGCAGGCGGGGGCCUCGAGGCCUGGGUUCUUCGGUCGGCUUCUUGGGUUGUAGGAGUCGUAUCGCUGCGGCGAGAUGUCUGAUCUUUCUAUUUUACUCGCUUUGCAGGGUGUAGUGUGAUACUCUUCUAUCCUGUGUACGCAAUGGAAUCAGAUUUUGUCAAGGAAUUCAACG